AUGGAUUCCGAAUUCCCCAACAAAGCGUUGACGAGCACGCGUUUUUCCGACUUGAACCCGCCACUUUCCGACCUCGUUCUCCAAGCCCUAUCACAGUCUGGCUUCGACUUCUGCACGCCGGUCCAAGCCGCCACUAUCCCUUUGCUCUGCAGCUUCAAGGACGUUGCCGUCGACGCUGCCACAGGUUCCGGUAAAACCCUAGCCUUUGUCGUCCCUCUCGUCGAGAUUCUCCGCCGGUCCUCCUCUCAUCCCAAGCCUCACCAGGUACUAGGAAUAAUUAUAUCCCCUACAAGGGAGCUAUCAACCCAAAUAUAUCAUGUGGCGCAACCUUUCAUUUCGACAUUGGUGAACUUAAACUCCAUUCUCCUCGUUGGUGGAGCGGAAGUAAAAGCAGACAUAAUGAAAAUAGAGGAGGAAGGAGCAAACAUAUUGAUCGGCACACCAGGGCGGUUAUACGACAUAAUGAAUCGGAUGGAUGUCUUGGACUUUAAAAACCUUGAGAUUUUGAUUUUGGAUGAGGCUGAUAGACUAUUGGAUAUGGGAUUCCAAAAGCAGAUAACUUCUAUUAUAUCUCAAUUACCUAAGCUUCGUAGAACUGGUCUAUUUUCUGCUACUCAAACUGAGGCUAUUGAAGAGCUUUCUAAAGCAGGAUUGAGGAACCCUGUAAGGGUUGAAGUUCGAGCAGAAACUAAAUCAGAAAAUGGCCCUGCAUCAUCAAAACAACCAGAAUCUUCAAAAACACCUUCUGGACUUCACAUCGAGUACUUGGAAUGCGAGGCAGAUAAGAAGCCAUCACAGCUAAUAGAUAUCCUUAUUAAGAACCGCUCUAGAAAAAUUAUAAUAUAUUUCAUGACUUGUGCUUGUGUUGAUUAUUGGGGAGCUGUCCUUCCUUCUCUUUCUGUUUUGAAAGGGUUCUCCUUGAUUCCCCUACAUGGAAAGAUGAAGCAGUCUGCCAGGGAGAAAGCAUUAGCUUCAUUUACAUCCCUUUCGAAUGGAAUUCUGCUAUGUACAGAUGUAGCUGCACGUGGACUUGACAUACCAGGCGUUGACUGUAUAGUGCAGUAUGAUCCUCCUCAAGAUCCAAAUGUUUUCGUACAUAGAGUAGGUCGAACUGCUCGACUGGGCAAACAGGGGCAUGCUGUUGUCUUCUUAUUACCAAAGGAGGAAUCUUAUGUAGAAUUCUUGCGUAUAAGAAGAGUUCCUCUCCAAGAGAGAAUAUGUUCUGAUGAUGCACCAGAUGUUGUACCUCAGAUUCGUUCUGCUGCAAAAAAAGACCGUGAUAUCAUGGAGAAAGGAAUUAAGGCUUUUGUCUCUUACAUCCGUGCUUAUAAAGAGCAUCACUGCUCCUAUAUUUUUAGGUGGAAAGAACUUGAAAUUGGGAAAUUGGCCAUGGGAUAUGGCUUAUUACAACUUCCUUCAAUGCCAGAGGUAAAACACCAUUCACUUUCCACUGAAGGAUUUGAAGCGGUUGAAGAUAUAAAUUUUGAGGACAUUAAGUACAGGGACAAAUCACGUGAGAAGCAAAGGAGGAAGAACCUGCAAGCAAAGAAAGAAGCCAAAGAGAAAGAGCCAAAACCUCAAAAGCCGAAGAAAACCCUAGAUGCUGUCAUGCGGAAGAAAACAGCUCGACAGAGACGUGCUCAGCAGACAGUAGAAGACGAGGAAGAGUUGAUGCAAGAAUACCGCUUGUUGAAGAAAUUGAAGAAAGGGACCAUAGACGAGAAUGAAUAUGCCAAGUUGACAGGCACUGAGGAAUUACUUUGA